CCGUGCGCCGGUAAAGUUUCGGGCCAGGAAGUUGAAUCGUUGGCUCGUUCGCGGAGCUGCUGGUCCCGUGUCAUGAAGUUGGUAACGUUUUUGUUCCUGAUCGGGUCCUGUCGGUUCGGGCUCUGCGCCAGGAAAAAUAUCGUGCUAAUACUAACGGAUGAUCAAGAUGUGGAACUGGGAGGAAUGACUCCCAUGAAGAAGACUCGAGCUUUAAUUGGUGAUGCAGGAGCUACCUUCACUAAUGCAUUUACUGUCACCCCACUUUGUUGCCCAAGUCGCAGUGCGAUUCUAACUGGGAAGUAUCCGCACAAUCACAUGGUGCGGAACAACUCGCUGAGUGGAAACUGCAGCAGUGUGGAAUGGCAGAAGGUCAUGGAGCCACAAGUCUUCUCUGCCUACUUGAAGCAAAAGGGAUACCAGACCUUCUAUGCAGGCAAAUACCUCAACCAGUAUGGGCACCCUGCAGUUGGUGGAACAGCUCACGUCCCCAUGGGCUGGGAUCAUUGGUAUGGACUGGUGGGAAACUCCAAGUACUACAACUACACGUUAUCUGUGAAUGGUGCUGCGGAAAAGCACAGUAGCAACUACCAAAAGGACUAUCUGACUGACCUCAUAGCAAACCGCUCCGUGGAGUUUCUGGAGUCCAGGAGUCGCCAUGUUCCAUUCUUCAUGGCACUGGCCACACCAGCCUGUCACUCCCCCUGGACCGCGGCUCCCAAGUACAGCAAGUCCUUCAACAGCACCAAGGCUCCACGCCACGGAAGUUUCAAUGUCCACGGAAAGAACAAACACUGGCUGAUCCGACAGGCUAAAACACCCAUGAAGAACACUUCCAUUGAAUUUUUGGACAAUGUUUAUAGAAGAAGGUGGCAGACUCUGCUCUCUGUGGAUGACCUGGUCGAGAAGGUGAUCAAUAAACUAGAGGAAGUGAAGGAGCUGAACAACACCUACAUAUUCUAUACAUCCGACAACGGCUACCACACAGGGCAGUUCUCCCUCCCCAUCGACAAGCGGCAGCUCUAUGAGUUCGAUAUCCGAGUACCGUUGCUGGUUCGUGGACCAGGCAUCAAACCCAAGCAGAGCAUUAAGGAACCUGUGCUCAAUAUAGACUUGGCUCCUACAUUCUUGGACAUUGCUGGGAGUGAUGAACCGAAGGGCAUGGAUGGAAGGUCUUUCCUGCCACUCGUGGUCCCUUCGCAGACUAAAAGCAAGUGGCGCACUGACUUCCUGGUGGAAUACACAGGGGAAGGUCAUGACAAGAGUGACCCUUCAUGCCCCCACGUAGGGCCUGGUGAGGCUGAAUGUUUUCCAGACUGUGUGUGUGAGGAUGCUUUCAACAACACCUACGCCUGUGUCCGGACACUAUCCCAAAGCAAUCUGCAGUACUGUGAGUUUGCAGACUAUGAGAAUUUUGUUGAAGUCUAUAACUUGACUGCUGAUGCAUAUCAAUUAACCAAUAUCCGCAAGCUUGUGAAUCCCACACUACUUGUUAAGAUGAACCAGAGACUGAUUAAACUGGAGUCUUGUUCAGGCGUUGACUGUUGGACCAUUCAGAGCGAGGAGGAUCGAUUUGAUUCCUAACUGAAGGAAUAUUGAAGCGUCCCUCCAUUUCAUGGAUUUGAGACGAACAGACUGAAUGUACCAGCCUCCAAGAAUUAAGGAAACACCGAAUUAUAAACCUAAUUAUGUGGGGCCACAAAUAAUCCAAGAAAAAGAAAUUAACUGAAGUGUGUGCAAUAAACUUGGGUGAAAUCCCUGAAUUUCGACAGUAUCCCAUUUUUUUUUUUUUUGAACAAGCAAGAAUCCUUUUGCUCUUGCACAAAGCUUGUCCAACUGUUCUGUAGGGGCAAGCCCAACACUUUUUGGAGGGUGAUGUGAACAUGGUUCCCCAUCGGUUGGUGGGUGUUUGAAUGUUGCUGAUCACAUGUACUGAACGACAGCUUGACCUAGCAAGUUGUUGGCUUGGCUCUUCGAGUGUUUUGAUUGUCAAGAUUGGACAUUUGCACCUGUUUCACUCAUUACCUGGUUGUGUUGCUGGUUUGCUGAGUGGUCAGAAGGGCAGUUCACCUACAGUGGAUGCCAUUUGUAGAUGUGUGUAUUCUACUGAAUCAAAACUUGGAUGGCACUUCAUUAAAUCGGAUCAAUCAUGAAACUUUUUUUGGACUGAUGUCCAGAGUGAGAAACGAAAACAAAAAUGCUGCAUUGGCUGUCAGAUGUAAGGGUUGUGAUUGACAGAAUCAUAAAUAUAAACUUGUCUUCUCUAUUGAAAUCACAGUUGACUGAGCCAGUUAUGUUCCGUGCUUUCCAUAAUGAAAUGUUCACUGCAGAUGUAAAGUCAUUUACGUGGAAAUCAGCACAACGACUUGAGAGCUUUGCUUCAUCUGCCUGUUAAAUCACUUAAAAACCCUCUAAAUUAUUUAGUCUUGACUCGUACGUUGUAUGUUGAAAUCUGGGGAAAAAUGCUGCAUCUCUUUUGAGUUGUAGCCUUGUGUAUUGAAGUUUAUUUUGUGCUUUUUGCCAACAGUAUCCAUUUUGUAUCAAUGAAAGUGUAGAAGAGAGGUCAGAAGUUGUGUAAUGCAGACAUGAAUUUUUCAAUUAAAAAACAAUUAUUGCUUUAGUGGCUGCCUGGACUUUGUGUGGUUCUAUUAAAGAGGAUGACUGGCUUUGCGUCUUCGUUUCCCUGAGAAUUGAGACGCAGAGCUGACGGGGAGCUGCAGUGAAAGGCUUUCACUCUGCUGUAAGCUGAAGGCCAAAGCCAGUGGUGCCUCCUUCAAUGGAUUGUGAAAAGACACUACCUCAAUCAUCUCUUCGGACUUGUAGCCUCGUGUAUUGAGAUUUAUUUUGUGCUCCUGUUUUAUUAAAUUUGACGCAGU